AUGGCUUCUAACGUUAAUAUCGAAUUAUAUUUAGAAAAGCAUCGUAUUAGCUCUGUUUUAGAGGAUUUAAUGCAAAAGAUAGUUCGCGAAACACCACCAGAUCCAAUUAAGUUUAUGAUUAGGAAUUUACAAAAAUUAGAUGAUAAAUCCAAAGGAAGUCAGGAUAGCUAUCAAGGUUGGGGAAGUAUUCAACCACAACAGACUGGAAGUGGACCUAGUCAACAUAAGAAAAGUCGUGGAACCCCAUUAGGUACCUUAACUAAAAUUACACCUCCACGUAUUUGCCAUGGAAAAAGUUCUGACUUUCGAUUGAAUAAUACAACCUACAGCCAGGACUGGCAAACAGUAGGAUUAACGGAUGGGAAUGCUGUUGGCUCUCGAUCUCGUGAUUAUAAUAGACCAUGGCUAAGUGGUACUAAAACGUCUAGUCAUAAAGUCAAUCAAUCCGAUAGCUUUAAGACCAGAAAAGGUUAUUCCGAUGAUGGCGAACAAGAUAUUGACAAUCAAAAUUAUAAGUUAUUUGAUAAAAGUAGCAAAGGCGAUCCAUUGAAUGCCUUCUUCAGUCAAACUUCGAUGACAUCUUCAACAACCUCAAACUUGGAAUACAAAAAAUUUACCGGCAGUGAUUCUCUACUUUCUGAUGAGCUCAAAAAUCAUGGCAAAUAUUAUGAUGAUUUAUCAACACCUACAACUUCAAUUGAUAAACAACGAGCUGCAAGAUAUCAGCAAGUUAAAUUGUUGAAAAGUAACCAUAAGAAGCAGCUACAAGAAUUAGUUAAUCAAGAAGGAAAUAGAAUAGAAAAUCAAAGCUAUCAUCAACAAAGUUUUAUUAAUGACGACGAAUACGACGAUAGUCACGAAUUACUGGGUAAUAUAAGUAUUGGCUACUAUGAUAGUAAGAAAAAACUGUCUUUAACUUCAGAGGAUUCCGCGGCUUUAGCUGAAGAAGGCGUAACGAGGGUUCGAAAUAGGCGAUUAAAUGCACCUGUGGCUACACGAAAGGCUAUAAAUAGACAAGGAGGCUUAAAUAUGCAAUCUAUUAUUCAAGGUCAAUUUAAUAGAAUGAUAGAGCAUAAAGAUCCACAGGAAAAUUUGAAAGAGCAAGAUGACGAAGAUUAUGAAAUAACUACAGCUAGGAGUCAAGUCAGUGAUACUAACAGUCUAUCGCAUAUUAUAUCACAACCAUUAUGGAAGUCGAAUCAAGAUGAUGAUGCCUUCUCGACGACUAGUGGAAGUAGAGCUGUUCAGAGCAGUGUAUUCGACCAAGGCCGUUAUGGCUACCGUAGUGCUGAAGAUUUUGCACAAUCCACAAACACUGCUAGAACUGACUAUACACCCGACCAGGAAUCUUCGAGGCCAGACGACCGUCAAAUUAGUAGCCGAAGUGAAUCAAAUCCAAUAAAUAGGCUGGAUUCCACACGUACUUUUACAUUUGAAGAUAACAGUCGCCAUGUUUGGAGAAAAACUCAAUCUGAAGUUGAUGAUACAGACGUUAGUGAAGCAGGCUGGGCACCAACAUCUAAUGAGCAUUUUCCUAUAGAACGUGGAAAUCAUGAAAUAGUAGACAAAGGAAGCUCAACAAUCGGUAAAAUAACAAGCUAUCUAACAAUAUGCUACUUUAAAUAUCUUAAAUCGGAAACUCAAACUUAUUAA